AGGUUUUUUUUUAAAGUCUGUGCAAAGGUCGUGUUAAAAAUAUAUGAUCAGUGAUAUGACUGACUAUUGAUGUCAUUUCAGACAGGUAAAAACAUUUCACAGAAACAAAUAUUGCUCCAUUAUUAUACUGAAGGAAAAUGAUGAGAAAGAACUCUUCCAACUCAAGCAGGGUUGGCGGUGCAUCAUGGGAAAUAAACCAACAUGGGGACCUGAUCCAAGUACCAAACCACCAUGCAGUGCCUGCACAGUUUUUGAUUAAGGAAAACGAACAAUGAUUAUCAUCAUAACCUCAUGCUAAAGAGACGCGGUUAUAAAGUUUCAGAACUAAACAGCUGAACUUGACGGCGCCUAGUAAUCUAUGGUCCGGGAGAAUGUGAUUGUUUUGUCCGGCGCCGCGCUCGUAUGUGUGCCUACUGCUUCACAAAGCGCCAUCGGGGAAGUGCAUCACUCCCAGCCUUCGACGGAUGAUGGACCGGAAUUACCCGAAUUCCAGUUUCGCAGACCCGCUGGCUCCACCAGCACAGACCGUAGCCUGGGCCUAUGAGCGGAGCACCGCUAGCAUAAAGCCAAGUGCCAGUUAUGGUGCCACACACCUGGAGUCGGAGCUCCUCCAUCGGCAGACCUACGCCUGCACCCAGCUGCCCACCUACACCACUACCCAUCACCCUACAGGUUUAUCGGGGGGGUUUGACUCAGGCACUAACACUACUGAGACCUCUGUCAUGAACUUCCUGUCGGCCAUGGAGUCUAGAGCCCUGCAGCAGGCUGGUCCUGUCGGGGCCUCUCUGCUCCCCCCCUUUAGGACCACCACGUGGCAGACCGGCGCCAACCCCACCACAGAGCUGUUCCUCACCGGUGCCCUUCCUACCAGCGCCACGUUCCCCUACCCUGCCCCCCUCUCCUCUUAUCAGCACCCUAGUGCCUUCCCCUCGCGGAGCUACGCCACCAGCCCCUCCCUGGCCCUCCAGGACCACGCCUUCAGCACCUCCACCAACGGCCUGCUCUCCUCCCACCUCGACCCCCUGCUGCAGCUUAAACCCAGCCAGGCCACGCUACCUACCUCCCUGGCCUUCGACCGCCUCCCCACCCCCUCCCUGGGCACCGCCCUCCCUCCCCAGUCAUCCACAUAUCGCUCGGCCCAGGAGUCGGCCCCUCACCUCCUGCAGCCCCAGUUUGGGCUACUGCCCUUGGCUACCCAGUCAGCCCCCCAGCCUUACGGGGUGCCCGUCUUCUCGGGCUCCAUCGAGAGAGCACUCCAGCGGGAAUGUAGUGUGAUCAAGCACCACCAGAGGCCUUCUAGCAGCAGCCACGCUGUCUCGGAGCAGCUGCCUGGCUUGCAGCAUUCUCUGCAGGGCUACCUCGGCUCAGGCAGCGGGGAUGGCUCCUUCCAGCAGGACCCCUCGAGGCAGACCACAGUGCCCUGCAGCACCUCCAUGGGGACGGACUCCUCCCAGGGGGUCAACGGUGCGCAGCAGCCUAAGACGGGUGUGCAAUCUCAGGCCUACCCCUCCUCCAUCCCCUCCCCCUCUGGGUACUGCUCGUCCUCUACGGGUGCCAAGACUAAAGACUGUUCUUCCAAACUGGCCCCAGAUGGCGGACCCCAGUCACAGGGUGGCUCUCCAGAGAGCUACCCCUCCCCAGGGCAGGGGCCUGGGUUGAAGCAUGGUUCGGUGAUUGCCAGCCAACAGACUCAGCCAUACACAUCGGCCCCGCUGCCCAGUCUGCUGUCCACUCUCAGCCACUCUCAGAGUUACAUCACCUCCCAGGCUUACUCCUCUUCCUCCUCAGACCUCCUCAGGCCUUCUCUCUAUAAGACUCUGCCCUCCUUCUCUGGCCAUUCAGGCAAUGUAGCGUCUGUCAGUCAGUCCCUGGUCUACUGCUCCAGCCCUGGGCAGAGCCAGGAGGAUGUGGGCCAGUACGGAGCCCAGGUUCAGGGCCUGUGUCUGGGCAACGCCUCUCAGAGCUCCCCUGCCAGCCACUCUCAGGGUGCCCCUAACGUGAGCUACCUGUCUCAGGGGCAGGCUACGGUCACUCAGUCUCAGAGCUACGCCGCAGGACAAUCCCUCAGCGCCCCCUACCCCUCCGCCAGCGCCCAGAGGUUACCCACAUCAAUAUCGGGCCAGGGCUACACCCCCUUCUCUUCAGCCCCUCCCCUCGCCUUACAGAACAACUGCAGAUCCUCAGUACAGGACCUAAAGCCAGCCUACUGCAAACUGAAACUGGAAGGAGAGAUCCCCAUCGAGGACCUCCAGGCUCUCCAGCAGGUCUCUUUAGAAACCUCCAGCCUGGGGGGCAGUGACAAUGUGGUCUACGUAGUCUCCAAAAUGGAUGACCGUUACAACACUCAGAGUGUGAUCCGGAGCAACUCGCGAGCUGAAGACCAGCUCAUGGGUCCAAAGACUAGGACCAACGCCCAGCUCAUGUCUUCCCAUGAGGAGCUCAAACAGCACUCACUCCUGCUCAAAGGGCCCGAGCCACGGCAACAAAAUCACCAGGCCAACGCCCAGUCUGCCCUGAACCACACCCAGAACCAGUACAUCAGGGUCCCCAACUCUCAGGUUCUACUGGAGCCUAAUCGGGACCAGCAGAUGGUCCUGAUCCAACAGCCUCUCAUCCACUGUGGUCUCAACCCUUCCAAGGUGCAGCUGACCCCGGGGUCAGGCCAGGUCCAGUACCUUCACAUGGAGGGAGAUCAUCUGAUCAGCGUUAGCCUUAAUGGCAGCCAGAGCCAGCCUGGGGCAGUAGGACAGAACACCAUCACGGACUCCUCCAUACUGCACCUCUCUUCGCCAAAAGACCCUUACAGCCAGUCGACCAAUCAGCAGCAGUCGCAGGACACCAAACACCAUUUCGCCCUGAGCUCCAUCUGCUUCCCAGAGUCCAUGCUGCUGGCGGACGAGAGGAACAUCCUGUCCAACGUGGACGACAUCCUGGCUGCCACGGCAGCCGCCUGCGGUGUCACGCCGCAGGACUUUGUCAAAGCCACGUCCGGCGCUGCUGAGGGCGGCAUGCCCGACCCCAAGGGUCAUUUCCAGACUGGGGACACCAGGCACCAGUCACCUAGUUUCUCCUCUUCAUCUUCCCAGACCUCCAUCAUCACCAACACUAACUCCCAUAACACCAUGACCCUGACACUCAAUGGCUCUCCUAUGACCUCAGACGGACACCAGUUUCCUAAAGGGGAGGGGCAUCUGGGGCAACAGUACUCAAUGUCACACUCGCACACCACUGUAGUUGACCCCAGGCACGACAUGGGCGCCGACAAGGGUUUGCUACGGAAGCCCGGAGACGAGCCAAACAAUAUUUCACCCAAAGGACAGUCUGUUUACCCUAGCAACAGGGCCGAUGGCAACCCCAACGGAGGCCACUCUGAGAAUGAGUACCACCUGGCUGGCCUGGGGUACGACCCCUCAGGGAACCUCAACAGAGGCAAGCCCAAUAAGCAGAACCCCAAAGGGUCAAAAGUCAUCAAGAGAGAAGACGGCCUUGACGAGUGUCCCUCUGACGGCUUUGUCAACCCCAAAAAGAGGGUGCGCUCCAAGGCUUCGGCCAAGCCACCCGUUCCAGAGGAAGAGAACAUCCAACCAAGGAAAAAGACAGUCCAGGCCAAGAGGCAGAACUCCCGGGGCAGCGACCCCACCAGCUCCCCCUCCACCUCGGAGGCGGCCUACGACAGCUACCAGCAGCAGGAGAGGAUGAGGCAGAAGAUCCGUGAGGUGGAGGAGCAACAGCCAGAGGUCAAAACAGGCUUCAUCGGCUCCUUUCUGGACUUCCUCAAGUCAGGUCCCAAACAGCACUUCUCCUCAUCCCCCGUACGGACCCCCAGUCGCUCCCGCAGGCCCUCGGCUUCGUCCAAGCGGCCACUGUGCGCCAUACCGCCUCUACCUCUGAAAAUACAACCUCCAUCAGCCCCUUUGAUAGGCGAUGAGGGCCUUGGGGUUGCGGGGAGCUCUCAGCAGCAGCGUCUGGAGGAAGAGCUCCAGAAGAACCUGGAGACACUGCCAUCGUUCAGCUCGGACGAGGAUGAGAGCAGCGCUGGAAAGAACCAGGCCCUCCAGAACAGCAUCAGCUCAGCCCUGUCGGCCCUGGACGAGCCCUCAGACAGGACACACAAAGCGGACAACAGACUCUCCAACUCUCCCCUGAAGCCAGACCAGGUUCCCAGCAUGCCUCACUCAGCCUCCAAAGCCCAGGAGCAGCAGACGGCUGCACCGAAGGAGUCCUCGACAACCGUCUUGUCAUCAUCGGUGACUGGGUCGUCGGGGCAGGAGGGGGCGAAGCCGGCGCCCCCAGGCCAGCUGGCCGUCCAGCUGACCAGCGUGGCUAUAGAAGGACUGACGGACGAAGAACUGUCGGACAGCGGGGGAGAGGGCAUGUACCGGGAGAGGGACGAGUUUGUGGUCAAAAACGAGGACACCGGGAGCCUGAAGGUGACAUUGACAGCAGGACAGGAACCCCCAGCCAUCUGGAAGGUCCAGAAAGCUCUGCUGCAGAAGUUUGUCCCUGAGCUGAGGGACAGCAAGAGAGUGUUCUCAGCCACUAACAGUUAUCUGGGCUACUUUGGUGACGCUAAGACCAUGUACAGGAGGGUGUACGUCAAGUUCCUGGACACAGUCAACAAGAAGGAGUACGUCCGGGUCUGCAACCGCAAACCCCGCUGCAAGCCCAUGUCCUCCAUGAGAGGCUCUCAGGCGAAGACACUGCUCGGUCUGAAGACUCCUCCCCGCUCUGUGAACUCUGACCCUCUCGCCACGCCCACAUCACAGAAGUCCCAGUCCAAGCCCCGCACCAAGCAGCCCAAGACCAAGGCAGAGCCCCCGCCCAAGAAGAGGAGGAAGUGGAAGGAGUACUCUCCGUCUCCCUCCGAGUCCUCUCCUGAGGAUGAGGCUGAAGAUGAUGAGUUCACUCCUCCAGUGCCGUUUUCCUCUCGGUUCCUCAACACCAGGACCAUGAAGGAGACGUUUAAGAGCUUUGUAGAGCUGCUGAUCAGCGUCGCCCUGGAUGCAGACGUGAUGAGCGCUCUGGAGAGGGAGAACGAUGAGCUGUUGCUGCCCCACAUGAAGAGAGUGGAAGGGAUGAUCUGGGACAACAGGCGACGCCUGCUGCCCAGACUACGAGUGGGACAACUCUUUAAGACUGCGCUGGACAGCUUCCCAGAGAUCUCCGUGGUAACAGAGCUCAACAAGGAUGGGGAGACUCCAGCCUUUAAGGUGCGGCUCAGUGGGAAGGCCUACAACAGGAAGAACAUGAAGCCUUCCAAGUCCCCCAGCAAACUGCCCCUGGAAUACACAGUGGACCAGCAGAAACCACAGUGGUUCUCCCUGUACCAUUCUCUACAGCAUUACAAGUACCACACAUACCUCAUGUGUCAGGAGGAGAUUGCGUCAUUGCGGGUGCAGGCUGGUGACAUGGGGCAGGAGGAGACUGUGCAGCUGUGCAUGAGGAACGGAGCCUGGGUGGAGGGCCUGUUCGACCGCUUCGGAGAGCUCCUCAACCAGGUGCAGCAGGCCUGCCUAUAGCACGGACUAAGAGGGAGAGAGAGAGCUGGAGGGAGAGAGGCCUGCCUGUAGCACAGACUGAGAGAGAGCUGGAGGGAGAGAGGCCUGCCUAUAGCACGGACUAAGAGGGAGAGAGAGCUGGAGGGAGAGAGG